UCUUUUUUAUGUGUAUCCUAUAUCAAUUUUCAGGUUCCAAGUUUUCCUCCCAUAAAACAUCAAAUAUUUUGUUUAAAAAAAUUAAGAUGACAUUUUGGAGUUCACUCGUCGGAUUUGUGUUUGUUUCCUUAACAGGUCUGAUAUCCCCAUGUCGAGAUCCAAAUCUUAUCAACAAUUCUUUGAGAAUGAUGAACGUAGGAGUGCCUUGUUUUUACAAGUCAGUCAAAAGAUCUAAGACUGUAUCAUGUCGAAAUAUUCAGAGGGCAGCCCAUUGUGUAAUAUCGAGGCUUAAUGAUGAAACAAACAACACAUGUGACGUCAAGGAUAAAAUUUACCUGGCCAAAAAAUUUUUAGCUAUCUUUCCUGAACAAAGUAGGGUCAAUGCCAGUAUAUGCAUCAAAGAAUUCUUAUCUGAGUUUCCUGCAACGAUUGACAAUACAACAGAUACUAUCACUCUUUUAAGAGAUAAAGAAGCAUCUACUUACUCUCAGACGCAUGUUUUUCUUGCUAUCGGAUUUACAUUAGUGAUGGUAUUUGUUGCCAGCGUAAUAAUUUGUAUAUUCGGAAUAAGAAAAACUCUCAUGAGAAAAAAGAGAAAAGAAUUAAUGCCUCUACCUGUGAUCCAAAACGCAGAGGACCCCUCAUACGAAAUCGACUUAGCGUAUCCAGAUGGUCUGUAUCAUGAUCCUGAUUACGAAAGCAUUGACGAUCAAGAAGAAGGCUAUGAACGUUUGCCUGGAGAGAUAGAAGAGAUGAGAAGCCAAAAUCUUGUAGACAACGAUGUUGGUGGAGAAUACACCGCUCCUAACAAUGCUGAUGGAACUUAUUUAGAUGUAGUUCAUCCAAAAAUAUAUUCACAUGAUUACACUAAUGUUAACCCUUAUCUUGAAUUAGUAGAAAAAACCGUUGAAUGCCAAACUGUAUUAGACACCAAAGAUAUCCCCAAGUAAAAUCUAGCCGUACAUGAGCGAUGAGGUGGGAUCGUAUUAUAGACAAUUUAAGAAUGUGUCAUUCUAACAUUCAUUUACAUACAUGCUGAAUUUUAUUUUUAAAAAAUGUAUAUUGUGCGCGAACAUAAUCUUUAAUCAUCUAAAAUACAAACAUAGCAAAGCUGCAAAACAUACUUGAGCAAUAUUGUUGAAGGUCUAAAUGCAUGCUAUUUACAUUAAUUUUUAAAACUGGUAGGUCUAUAAAUAACAUCUCUUGCUUAGUCAUGUUAAGCAUUUUCAAAAUAAAUAAUCAAGAGGCUGAAAUCAGAUCUAAAACAUUUCUCAUAACACAGUUCUCGUGUCCUUUGAGACAUAAGAUAGUUGAUAAUUAUGUGUUCAUACAUCCCAGUAAUCUGGGUUAAAAGUCAUAUGCAAAGUGAAAGGAAAACACGGGUUGAAUAAUAGAAAUUUAGAUUUUUAUAUAUUUUCAUACGACAGUAGAUUUAUCGUAAAUAAAAUUGAUGUGUUUUUUUAAUAUUUUAAUAUAUACCUUGUUUUACAAUGAAUGGAUGAAAAUAACUUGAAUUUCACAACUUUUUUCUCUUUACAAUAGAUUAUUUAUAUCUAAAUUGGUUGAAAUUGGUUCAGUGGUUUCAGAGAAGAAGCUAAAAUGUUCAAAUGUUAUAGCACUACUAACGACACACGACGAUGGCCAAAAAACAGGUAGCAAUAUGUUCCUAAAUGACUUAUUUGACCAAAAAAUCAAAUUCCAAUCAACCAGUAUUGUUUUCGUAAACCACAAAUAUAAGACCUCACGAAUAUAUUUGAUUUCACACUAUGUACUUUGAAUACCUUUGGACUGCAAAUAAGGUAGGAUACUCGUACUCAAAAUACAAGACAUUCUUGCGUCGGAUGUAUCAUUUUAGAUUCGAUACACACUUCAGCAUUACUCUUUAACAUUUUAAUUUAUUUUGUUGACAUGCUGAAGUGCACUACAAAAUCCAUUGAUAUUUCCUUAAUCAAUUCCCCAAAGCUGGAAACGAUCCUUAAUCUUUAUUUCAAAUCUUGGUUCAUAAACUUCUUGGAUUUGCAUUUUGCAUUCAUCUAUCAUCGGUGGUGCUCAUGGAAUUGAAUCGUGUCACGUUUAUGAUACAUUGCUCCGGGUCCAUCACAGUCACCUGAUUAUGAUUUUUGUUGUUUAAAUGCACAUAAUUGUUGACUACGCAAGUGAGUUAAGGCUGCGUAUGGAGGUUUCUAUGCAAAAUAAUAAAUUAAGACCCAUAAUUGCUACACAUACCGCAAAGAAAAUGUUAAGACUUGAUUUCUAAUACAUUGUUGGUACCCACGAUAUGCGAUUGCCAGUACACAUUAUGACGUCAUCAGCCUUUACUGCACAAGUUUAUAAGAAACAUCAACAAAAUCGCUUCGGCGCAAGGGCAUACCUUACUUUAUUUUACAGAAACAAGGUAUAAAGUAAAGCAGAAUAUUCCAUAGAUUUAAGAUAUUGCUGCAAAAAUGUCGACACUGCAAUUGUUUGGUUACUAUUCGUACAGUUCUAAGUUGAAACAGGGUAAAAAUGUACAGUCCAGUGUAAGUUUAGUAAAAUUUUUAUCAAUUGAAGAGGAGUAUAGGAUUUGUGCAGCAAUUUUAUUAAUUUUCAGAAUAUUUUCCUUAAUAUUAUACUUUAUUUAUUUUAAAUGAAAUAGAAUAUGCCCUUGCGCCGACGUUGUUUUGUUGUUGUGUUUUAUAACCUUGAAUGGGAAAGAACUAUGACGUCAUAAUGUGCACAUUAAUAUACUGUGGGUACUAAGUACGAAGAAAAUCAAUUUGAACUUGCUCUGUAAAUAAAAUACACAAUUCAUGCAUUUUUAUAACCUCAUUUGCAUAGAAAAACCCACAUUAAGCCUUAACUCACUUGCGUAAAAUAAUUAGUUAAUCUGUAACAUGUAUAUUCAUUAAAAGAUAAGUAUACUUCCGGUUUUUUGUCUAAUAAUGCAAUUGAAAGAACUAAAUGCGGUAUAUUGCAUAUAUUUGACCCCACAAAAGUCAAAUUUUGAAAAAUUCUGGAAAUGUGCUGAAUUCCGUAAAUUGUAUUUAAAAAAUGAAUUAACAGAACAUAUUAUAGUUUCAAAGUAGUUUAUUGAUUAUUUUUGUUUUUAUGACGUCACAAACUCGUCCGAUUUUAUAUCAUUUGUUAGAAAAAGGACAAAAUGGACGAAAUUUCAACAAUUUUAGCUAUAGAAUUUAUAGAGCGCAAGUUUGUUCAGGAACGAUAUUUAUAUAUUUCAUUGAUAUUAUCAUUCUACACAUUAUAUCAAAAUAUUGAGCCUGAACACACAUGCGCUCGGUGAUUUUUUUCUCAAAAUAUUGACGUAAAAUAUCU